ACUCUCACAACAUUAUAUACAUUAUUGAAAUAAUGUAGUGGUUCCUUGAUCAUCCAAGUUUCCUCUCAAAUCCUUUCUACAUGGGCGGUAAUUCGUAUGGUGGGAAGAUAACUGUGCUAACUGCUCAUAAAGUUGUUGAAGGAAAUGAAGGUGGUGAGAAGCCUCUAAUCAAUAUCAAGGGUUAUCUAGUUGGUAAUGCUGUAACAGGCGAUAAAGUUGAUACAAGCUCUCAAGCUCCACAUGCUUAUGGAUUGGGAAUUAUUUCUAAAGAGCUCUAUAAGCUGAUAAUGGCACAUUGUGCUGGAGAAGAAGACUUAAUAAGGCCUCAAAACGUGCUUUGUGCCACUCAUCUUGAGACAUUUAAUGGGUUUCUAUCAGAAAUUAAUUCUUAUAAUAUACUGGAUCCCGUAUGUUCUGAUGAACCUCCAACGUCAGCUAUGAGGUCUUUGAGGGAGAAUCCAGAGGAGUUCAUCAGCUUACCAUUGUCAUCAAUUCCUGAUAUUUCUUGUAUAACCGCUGAGCUUCUUGCCAAUUACUGGGGGAAUCACCAUCUUGUGAAAAAGGCACUCCAUGUCAAGGAGGGAACAACUGAACGAUUUCACCGCUGUGAUUUCAAUGUGAAUUCGUAUUAUUACACACGAAGUGUCCCAAGCACUGUACCUUAUCACUAUAGUUUCAUUACUCGAGGAUUUCGAGCUCUAGAAUACACCAUUUUGUUCUCAAACAAUUUAACUUUUGCAACUGUAAAGGGUGGAAGUCAUGUAGCACCGGGUAAAAUGCCGUUAGAAUGUUUUGCUAUGUUUGAAAGAUGGAUUUCUCACGAGAGUCUCUGA